AUGCGCGGAGACACACAGCGAGCCAAAAGAGAAAAAGUAGACGGCCUUUUAUCGAACAUAGACUCGUACCAGAGCAUAUUUAAGAUCCUGUGCGAUAACAAAACGGCAUUCGUGCAAAAGCUGAAGAGAGAUUUUCGGAGCCUAAAAUCAGAGCUUUUCUUUGGGAAGUACCGCAUGGUGGAGAAAGUCCUCAGCCGAAAGUUCGACUCCGAGCAAAUGCGAAGCAUCGCAGGAACUAUUUCCUACAAGAAGUCAGACAAAGUCUUCCUUUUCCUUCUCUCAGAUCUCCCUGUUGAGCGCGUUAAGGAGAUUCUUGCGAAGGUCUCCCACCUGGACUACGAGAGAAAGGGAGAGACUCUCUCCCAGGACAUGGUCAUUCCUGCAGGGGAGCUACUGACGAAGGAGGGCGGGAAAGUCUCGAAUACGCUUUUCAAGGAGAUCACGAAGUUGGGCCUCGAAGGAUUCGCAAUAAACAGCAAAACCAACGGAAUUGAGGCAGAGAAAGAGAUAGUCGUGGCCCGUAAGGGGGAGGCUGUUACGGAGACAGUCGAGCGAAUGGCAAAGAUCCUGGGCGUAAAGACUCGGGAGCAUGCAGCUGUGCUUGUCGGACACGCAGAGAUCAGGAAAUAA